CGACCUUUUCUUCUCUUAUCACUAAACCCUCAAAUCCUUUGUUUUGGAUUGAGAUUGCUUCUGAUUGUAAUUGCUUUGUUGUGUAUCUGUUGACUUGAGAAAAGUCUUUGGAGUGACUUCUUCUUGAUUACAUCAGCUUCUGUUGAAUCUCUCAGAUUCUUAAAAGCUUAAAUCUUUGUUGCUACUUUGUUUGUUUCUGUGCAUCCCUUUGACGGAUGUGGAGGAAAAAAGGGUUGUCUUGAUGAAAUGAGGGAUGUUAUCAACGUUAAUGAAACUCUUGAGUGCUUGUCUGUGGCCGUCUUCUUCCUCGGGCAAGUCCUCUGAUUCAACAGGAAAACAAGAUGGAUUACUUUGGUACAAAGACUCUGGUCAGCACCUCGUUGGUGAAUUCUCCAUGGCUGUUGUUCAAGCCAAUAACUUGCUUGAGGAUCAGAGUCAAGUUGAGUCUGGUCCUUUGAGUACUCUUGACUCUGGUCCUUAUGGAACCUUUGUUGGUAUAUAUGACGGCCAUGGCGGGCCUGAAACCUCACGAUUUGUUAAUGAUCACCUUUUUCAACAUCUAAAGAGAUUCGCUGCAGAGCAGGGCUCUAUGUCGAUGGAUGUAAUUAAAAAGGCGUAUGAGGCGACGGAAGAAGGUUUUUUAGGGGUUGUGACAAAGCAGUGGCCAACUAAGCCACUGAUUGCAGCGGUUGGGUCUUGCUGCUUGGUGGGUGUUAUAUGCGGAGGGAUGCUUUACAUAGCUAAUGUUGGGGAUUCCCGUGCAGUUCUUGGAAGGGCUAUGAAGGCGACAGGUGAGGUUAUUGCGCUUCAGCUCUCCGCGGAACAUAAUGUGAGCAUAGAGUCUGUUAGACAGGAGAUGCACUCCUUGCAUCCGGAUGACUCGCAUAUUGUCAUGUUAAAGCACAAUGUGUGGCGUGUUAAGGGACUUAUUCAGGUAUCUAGAUCCAUAGGAGACGUGUAUCUUAAAAAGGCGGAGUUCAACAAGGAACCAUUGUACACAAAAUACAGAAUCCGUGAGCCAUUCAAAAGACCGAUCUUGAGUGGGGAACCGACAAUAACUGAGCAUGAGAUCCAACCACAAGAUCAGUUUCUAAUAUUCGCUUCUGAUGGACUAUGGGAACAGCUGAGCAACCAAGAAGCUGUUGACAUCGUUCAGAACCACCCACGAAACGGGAUUGCACGGAGACUGGUGAAGAUGGCACUACAAGAGGCGGCAAAGAAACGAGAGAUGAGAUACUCAGAUCUGAAGAAGAUAGAGAGAGGAGUGAGAAGGCAUUUCCACGAUGACAUAACUGUGGUAGUCAUCUUCCUUGAUACCAAUCAGGUGAGCUCUGUGAAAGGACCCUCUCUCUCUAUCCGAGGCGGUGGUAUGACAUUCCCCAAGAAAAUCUAAGAUACUCCACUUUUAGGCUCCCAUCUUUUGUAGUUAUAUAAAAAAAAGUCACUCUU